AUGCGUUGUGCCGGCGCCGUUGGCCGUGCCAUCGCUCCGCGGCGCUUCAGCUUCCGCCAGAAGUCAGGCCCCGGCAGCACCUCGUGGCCGGCGCCCCAUCCGGCGGAGCAACGUGCUGCGUCCCAUCCGGCGAAGCAACGUGCUGCGGCCAUCGCCAAGUUGAGACGCAAAGGUGACUGGCAGGGCGCCCUGAGCAUCCUCUUUGGAGGUCCGCAGGAUUUGGUUCUCUUCACUUCCGCUGCCAACGUUUGUGCCAAAGCUUCGACAUGGAGGACAGCUGUUGCCUUAUUGGAGAAGUUGCAGAUCACAUCGCAGCCAGAUGUGAUCUUUUGGAGUUCACUUGGAGAUGCCUAUAGUUCAGUUGGGAAGUGGCAGCACGCACUGUGGGCUCUACUGCAGGAGCCGCAGGCGGCACGCCUGGAUCUCACGGCCGUGUCCUAUGCCUCGGCCCUAACGGCCUGUGAACGCGUGUCGCUCUGGGAGAAGGUCCUGCAUCUCUUAGAGACAGCUGAGGCCAGAAAUUUGGUGAACGCCUUUUCCUACAGCUCCGCCAUCGUCGCCUGUGGUUCCGCCAAGCGCUGGCAAUGUGCCUUGGAGCUCUGGGAGGCGAUGACCAACAGGGGACCAGCGCCGAAUGUGGUGGCGAUGAAUGCGACCCUCACCGCGUUGCAGCGUGGCCGCCGUUGGUUUUUGGCCCUUCAGCUCCUUGACGCGGUCGACGCGGCUGGGACCGUUGCGGGCGAUGCGGUGACUGCUGCGGCGCUGGCGACGGCGGAGAGCUGGGAAUGGGGUCUGCUGUAUCUGCUAAGGGCCACAGAGAAGGGAAUGAGGCUUGGCCCCUCUGCUUUCAGCUCUGUGGCGCGACAAAUGGGUCACCAGGGAGCUUGGCAGCAGGCGAAGAAAUUGCUGGCACUGCUCAGAAAAUACCCAGCUACCGUGAAGUUUGAAGUUUGGUGCAGCGUCCUCUGGGCCAUGGACGUUUCUGGCGUUCCACUUCCCCUCGAUGGCCUUGGGACCAGCAUCUACCGGGGCGGGCGAAAGG